AAAGUUAUCUCACUUCAUAACACAACUAACUUCGAUUAGUCUAGAUUUCUACCAGACCAUUUUGAGUAAUUGUAAACUUGUGCACACAAUCUCUGCAUAACGAGAAUGCAAGCGAAGGAAACCAGUCAGCAAUACCAAUAUGCUGCCUAUCGCAGUGGACACGAAGCGAACAUUGCUAUCGGUUAUGGGGCUUAUGCCGAUUCUGAGGGGCAGCCGAAGAACUUUUCAUUUGACAACCAAACCAUCCGCCGUGGAUUUAUACGUAAGGUUUACUUGAUAUUGAUGGGACAGCUGGUCGUAACAUUCGGUGCUGUUGCCUUGUUCGUGUUCAGCGAGGACGCCAAGAACUUUGCGGCUCUCAAUCCGUGGCUCUUCUGGUUGGCUGUGGGUGUCAUGGUAGUUACCAUGAUAUUCAUGAUCUGCUGCGAGAAUGUGCGCCGAGAGACACCAACCAAUUUCAUAUUCCUGGGACUGUUCACAGUGGCCGAAUCGUUUCUGUUAGGCGUUUCGGCUAGUCGCUUUGCUGCCAAAGAGGUGCUCCUGGCCAUUGGCAUAACAGCUGCCAUAUGCUUGGCCCUAACGCUAUUUGCCUUGCAGACGAAAUACGAUUUUACCAUGAUGGGCGGCAUACUCAUUGCCUGUCUGAUGGGCUUCUUGAUCUUUGGCAUUGUGGCAAUCUUUAUGCAUGGAAAAAUUAUAACACUCAUCUAUUCUUCCCUGGGCGCUGUACUUUUCUCCAUCUAUCUGAUCUACGAUACACAGCUGAUGAUGGGUGGUAGUCACAAAUAUGCAAUAAGCCCCGAAGAAUACAUUUUCGCUUCACUAAAUCUCUACUUGGAUGUCAUUAACAUCUUUAUGGACGUACUCAACAUUCUGGGCAUCACACAGGAUUAAAUGUAUUGGAAAACUAGAGCAAGGGAGAUGGAGAGAAAUUAUGCUAAUGUUAUAUUUGUUUGCACAGGCAUUUAAUUGUGGCAUUUAAAUGAGCAAUUGCGCAAAUUACAUCAACCCACAAACACAAACACACAGACAAGCACAUAAAUCACAUACAUGCAAUCAAACAUGUCAAUUAAGUUAUUAGUUACGAGCAAUAAAAAUGUCAAAUCAUUUGCAAUAUUAACACAGGGCGACCACACGACUAA